AUGACGGAAACCUUGAAGCGUAUUUGGGACGCGCAAAACCUGUAUGAUUUGGAACGCCUCAUCAGAGGGCGACGACCUCGUACCGAGCCCCCUCUUGCCUUUACAAUAGACUUGCAUAGCGAUCAGCUACCCACCGUAUCGUUCCGGUACGCACUAUGGCACCCGCAUGAUGGCCUGGACUUGACUAGGCACUGGCUCCAUCUUUGCAGAGCGUACCUCAUUGCUGCAAAUACUGAGUGGCAUGACGACUGGGUGACUCUUAUGGAUCACCUUGAUGUGCAAUCUGGCAACCCUAUGGACUGGUCGCUGGCAAUCCAAACCCUCGGAGUUAGGAUGCCCCGCGUAAGGGAGUGGAGCCGAAUCGCUCGGGAGUUCAUGUGUGGUCGCCGGCUUUCUAGACCUUUUAUUGAUCGGUAUGGUGUGCUUGAUACCAUCCGGGAACUAAGAGAUCAGAGGUGA